AUGGGAAACGACGGAGGAUCCAUCCCUAGACGUAUUGAACUCGUUAAAGAGAAGGCCAAGAAUAUUGUCCUCAAUCCUGAUCUUGAGAGAGCCGCUGCUUGGCUCUACUGUGCAUUGUCCAAGCUUUUACUGGAACAACCUGUAGUGUCAGAUGGAUUAGGGAAACUAUACAAUCAAGAUGCCAUCAUUGAAUACCUUCUAGAUCCUUCCAUCUACGGUGAUGGCGACAAGAUCUGCUCCCAUAUCACCUCUUUAAAAGACACAACCAAGUUGAAUUUGACACCUAAUCCAGCUUACAACGAGAAAGAUUCUCACUUGGAUUCAGCGACCAUGGGAAGCCUUGAUAGAAAUCUCAAGAGUAAAUUUGUCUGUCCCAUCUCAAUGAAGGAAAUGAAUGGAAAGCAUCGAUUUGUGUAUUUAGAUACUUGCGGUUGUGUUUUUGCUGAACAGGCCAUGAAGGAGAUUCCUAGCAAAGAAUGUGUUACUUGUGGAAAACCAUUUGAAGGUCAAAAUGUCAUUGUCAUCAACCCUACAAAGGAGGAACAAGACGUUAUGAGAAAAGUGAUGGAAGAGAAAAAGGCCAAGGCAAAGGCAGAAAGAAGAGCUAAAAAGGCAGAAGGCAAAAAGAAUGGUGUGGUAUCCGAGAAGAAGAGAAAGAGAGAUGAUACCGGCUCACCAGAAAAACCAGCAAAGAAGGUGUCGUCUAUACAAUCAUCGGCCGCUGCUGCUGUCAUGGGUAAAGUAGCGCAAGACUUGGCUGAAAAGAAGAAGAAUUCAGCAUUGUCAAGUGCUGUCAAAAGUAUUUACGGAUCAAAGGAUAAAAAGGAGACUGGCAAUUACCUCACAAAAGGAACCUUUAAUCGUUAUUAA